AGCAAGAGACGGCGCCUGCGCAGUGGGUGUGAUCCGGGCACUUGGGGCAGGAUGAACGCUGCUUUCCAAGAUGGCGACGGAGGGAGGAGGGAAGGAGAUGAACGAGAUUAAGACCCAGUUCACCACCCGGGAAGGUCUUUACAAGCUGCUGCCACAUUCGGAGUACAGUCGGCCCAACCGGGUUCCCUUCAACUCGCAGGGAUCCAACCCCGUGCGCGUCUCCUUCGUCAACCUUAACGACCAGUCUGGCAACGGCGACCGCCUCUGCUUCAAUGUGGGCCGGGAGCUCUACUUCUACAUCUACAAGGGGGUCCGCAAGGCUGCUGACUUGAGUAAACCAAUAGAUAAAAGGAUAUACAAAGGAACACAGCCUACAUGUCACGACUUCAACCACCUAACAGCCACAGCAGAAAGUGUCUCUCUACUGGUGGGCUUUUCUGCAGGCCAAGUCCAACUCAUAGACCCAAUCAAAAAAGAAACUAGCAAACUAUUUAAUGAGGAAAGACUAAUAGACAAAUCCAGAGUAACCUGUGUAAAAUGGGUACCAGGUUCGGAAAGCCUUUUCCUAGUAGCUCAUUCCAGUGGUAAUAUGUACUUAUAUAAUGUGGAACACACUUGUGGUACCACAGCUCCACACUACCAGCUACUUAAGCAAGGAGAAAACUUUGCAGUCCACACUUGCAAGAGCAAGUCCACAAGAAACCCUCUCCUUAAGUGGACAGUGGGAGAAGGUGCCCUGAAUGAGUUUGCUUUUUCCCCAGAUGGGAAGUUCUUAGCAUGUGUGAGCCAAGAUGGCUUUCUGCGGGUAUUUAACUUUGAUUCAGUGGAGUUGCACGGUACAAUGAAAAGCUACUUUGGAGGACUACUAUGUGUUUGUUGGAGCCCAGAUGGAAAAUAUAUUGUAACAGGUGGAGAGGAUGACUUGGUGACAGUUUGGUCUUUUGUGGAUUGUAGAGUAAUAGCUAGAGGCCAUGGACAUAAAUCAUGGGUCAGCGUUGUAGCAUUUGACCCAUAUACCACUAGUGUAGAAGAAAGUGACCCAAUGGAAUUUAGUGGCAGCGAUGAGGAUUUCCAAGACCUCCUUCAUUUUGGCAGAGAUCGAGCAAAUAGUACGCAAUCUAGGUUAUCAAAAAGGAACUCUACAGAUAGUCGUCCAGUAAGCGUUACAUAUAGGUUUGGCUCAGUAGGCCAAGAUACACAACUCUGUUUAUGGGACCUUACAGAAGACAUUCUUUUUCCCCACCAACCCCUCUCCAGAGCAAGGACACAUACAAAUGUCAUGAAUGCCACAAGUCCACCUGCAGGAAGUGGUGGAACCAACCCAGGAAGCAAUGGAAACAGCAUCACAAUGCCUGGAAAUUCUGUACCCCCGCCUCUUCCACGGUCCAACAGCCUUCCACACUCUGCAGUCUCAAAUGCCGGCAGUAAAAGCAGCGUCCUGGAUGGUGCCAUUGCCUCUGGUGUCAGCAAAUUCGCAACUCUCUCACUACAUGACCGGAAAGAGAGACACCAUGACAAAGAUCACAAGCGAAAUCAUAGUAUGGGACAUAUAUCUAGCAAGAGUAGUGACAAACUGAACCUAGUUACUAAAACCAAAACGGACCCAGCUAAAACUUUGGGAACUUCUCUGUGCCCCCGAAUGGAAGAUGUUCCCUUAUUAGAGCCUCUUAUCUGUAAAAAGAUAGCACAUGAAAGACUGACUGUGUUAAUUUUUCUUGAAGACUGUAUAGUCACUGCUUGUCAGGAGGGAUUUAUUUGCACAUGGGCAAGGCCUGGUAAAGUGAAUGGGGAAAUUAAAAGUCUCCAAUCAUCUUACCCCUCUCAGUUUGUUUUGAAAGCAAAAUCAAAAGACUUUGGAAGGAAAAGCAAAAUUGUAUUUUGAAACAUAUAUCUUUUGAUUUCAACUUUCUUACAACUAUUGGGAAAGUAUUUUCAUUUUCUUUCAGUGUUUUUUGUAUAUAUAUUUAGAACUUAUAUUUUUCAAAGGAGAGAAAUGUUAUGUAAAUACUGCUCCUUGAAGCUUUUGGCUAGAACUAAGGAUGCUGAAAAAAGAUGGACAGGAGGAAACCAUAACAAAGAUUUCCCAUACUUCUCACCUUAGAAUAAAACUCAGAUACCUUUGAUAAAUAGUGGGGGGGGGCAGAACUUUAUGUAUUUCAUAUAUCUGUGGGUAUACUGACACACAUGUGUACUUACAAUUCAUACUUGGGAAAUGUUUGAAAUUCAUUUUCUGUUGUCUAGCAGAAAAUACCCUAGAGAAUAACUAGUUCACUCACUUGAAUAGACCUUGAAAAUUUGCUGUCAAAUUGAUUAUAUUUAUUUGUAUUUAUUUAUUUAAAGUUGUUUUCUUCUAUUCACAAUUUCCUCUAACCUCUUGACUUUGAAGAAAAGUAGGCUUGGUUUCCACAUUGGGGCAGGCUUCAAGUAUCACUUAGAAAAAUGCCAAAGGGCUAGUUAAGGCAGGCUGGCAACCUGCACAAAUAAACUUUCUUUCAGAACUCUGUAAAUGAAACUUAAUAGUUGCUUGUCCAGGGGAGAACUUAGCAACCUUUUAAAAACAAGGUUUUUCAGAUUCCAGAUGCGUGUGGUACAGUAUUGGGUUUUAGUCUAAUAGAGAUUUUGCUCAGAGCUUAAACAGACCUUAUCCAAGUACCUCAUGCUAUAAAUGUUGGUGAAUGGGAAAGAGCAGUUUGUCUGUGUUUCUCUUGUAAAGGGCCAUUUCUCUCUGACAAGUGAUAUUUUCAGUGUUGGUAUUUCAGGAUUCUCAGUUGUCAUUUUUAUUUCCCAACAAUUUUCUGUAUAAGCCUUGGGCAUAAUAGAGUUAAAAUGAAUCAUUGUCAUGCGAUCUGAGUAACAAAGGUAAAAGUUGAAACUUCUGCACUCUUGUGUACAUAAUGGGGAGGGGGAAAGAAAGCCGAUGCCUUCCUCACACACUUCAUAUCAGGCUAAAUCAGGACUAAUAAUGAUCAUUUGUGACAAAGCAAAAUGCUUGUUGCUUCAAUUAACAAAGCCAAAAACACAACAUGACCUUGUGGUAUAAUAAAGGAUGCCUAAAGGUUAAUAACCUCACUGGCUCUCAGCAAUUAUAGAAUUUCCCUCUAUAUUCAACUAUGACCUUUGAAACUUGGUUAUCUGUUUUAAAACUAUGAUAUGCCCCUGCUGUAGGAGAAAGUUAUUAAAUUGGUGUUACGAAUAUUUUACUCAUUAAUGAAUAUGUUACACAAAAUCUAGGUCAUCACUAAAUUGCUAUCUCACAACCUGAAUGUGAAUCUAAUAUACGAGAUUUUACUUGUUUUUUUUUUUAAUUUCUGUAUUCUUGGGUUUGUUCAAGACUGCUAAUGGUGAUACUGUACAAAACCUGUAUUAAUAUUUACCUUUAGUGAAAAUCAAAAGUAAAAUCAGAUGUAUUUCCUUUUUUUACAAUUUCAUCUAAUUUCUUGAAAACUUGAAUAAAUUUCAUAAUGAGCCUUUCUAACAUAAGAUAUUGGUAAAUUAAGUUCUUAACUGUUGCAAUAACUAAUGAAGCUUUAAUAAUAUCAGUGUUGUUGGGGUUUUUUAGUUUAAAAAAAAAUCAUGUUUCUGUUUCACACGGCUUUGUUUUUUAGCUGUUCAACUGUCUUUAUUACAGCUAAAGAACCUUACUAAAUACUUGAUAAUUGCAAAAUACUUUGGGGUUGUCCACUGUAUUAUGACAUUAAA